GUGUUUCGUUUUGUUAUUGGAGGCUGAAUUCAGGGACAGAUACAGACCAGUGGACGAGCAAGAGAACGACAAGAAGGAAGGACAACACUGCACCAUGCCACACUGCAUCUUGCUCGUUCAGGCCAACAAGAGCCUGGCCUCGCGAACAUACAGCGACUAUGAAAACGUCAAGGAGGCCAUGACAGGCGUGUGCCAAAUGUACGAGGCACAUCUGCGCGAGGUGUACCCGACCAAGACACACAUCCACUAUGAGGUGGCAGACUUGUUCAGCUUCAUCGACGCGUUGGCAGACCUCAGCUGUCUCGUCCUGCAACCAGACACACUCAACUACAAGCCCCACGACAAGGAGUGGAUCAAAGCAAAGGUGUAUAUGACAUUGAAGAGCAUGACGCAAUAGGCUACCACGUCCAUUGCUCUGUGUGUGUGCGCGUGUUGUGUGUGUGUGUGCGUGCGCGCGUGUGUGUAGUGGGGCGCAGUGUGACGUGUGGCAUAGUGUAACGUGUGCUGUGCGUUCGUGUGCGUUCACGCGUUUGAUGGUUCGAGAGCUAAGAAGAGGGUAAACAAGUGAAAGCCG